UCUAAGGAAUUUCCUAAGUAGAGAUAACAGUGUUUCAGGGUUGCUGUAUUUGGUUUUUUGAGUUAGUUACCAGCCUGUAUGUAAAAACUUUAAUCUAAUUGUGAGCAGAAACAUGUCCACUGGUUCCAUCAGUGAUGUUGAUGAUCUCCAUGAAGUCGACAUGCUGGAAUGUGGGAGCAUAAAACUACACUCAUGCAAGGAUUUUGUGACUUCUAAUGACAGCAAUGAGGAAGGCUCAAACUGUGAAAAUGGCCCUCUCAAAAAGGGCAAAUCAAUCGUUGGUAAAAGGCGAAAAAGUGUAACUAAAAAAAAUCCUUUAAAUGGAGUGUCUCAGGAAGGAAAGCAAGUCCAGAGAAAUGCAGCUAACGCUAGGGAAAGAGCUAGGAUGAGGGUACUAAGCAAGGCAUUUUCAAGGCUAAAGACCACCCUGCCAUGGGUGCCCCCUGAUACCAAACUGUCAAAGUUGGAUACCUUACGUCUGGCAUCAAGUUACAUUGCACACCUAAGGCAGAUCCUCGCCAACGAUAAAUACGAAAAUGGUUACAUUCAUCCAGUCAAUUUGACAUGGCCCUUUAUGGUAGCUGGAAAACCUGACAAUGAACUGAAGGAAGUUGUACAUACUAGCCGCUUAUGUGGAACCACAGCAUCCUGAUUAUAAUGCAUCAAUAUGGACAGUUUCAUAAUUUUUAAAGCUUACAGUGGACAUUAAACUGAAAUGCUCUUUAUACUGGAGUUACAGACAGUGAAAAAACAGAGGAAAGUAUGGCUUAUUUAACUUUAUUAAUGAUAUAUUUCAGCCUUGCUGGUUCAAGUGCUGACAAACAUAUAGCACCAACUCUGAUGAACAAUUGCGUGACUGAUUUUUCCAAGCUAGCUGUAGUGCCCUGGAAUUUAAUACUUGACUUUGAUAGUCAUGCAUAUGAAGGAGUUCACACUAAAGACAGAGAUAUGGAGAUAUAUAUAUUUUUUUCCAAAGACUGCUUUUGCAAUUCUUGUAAAUAAAGCUUGCUUAAAAUAUAUGCAUUUAUAUUCUUAAGGUUAAUUCAGUUUUGAUUUUUUCAUAUUUUUUUAUAUUUGAAAUUUAUACAUUGACAGUGAAAUUAAAUAUGUUCAAAGAAGUAAAACUUUCUUGGCAUAUGAAUAUAGCUAGAUUAAAGUUUUAUACACACACACACACAUGCGUGUGUGUGUGUGUGUGUGUAUGUGUGUGUGUGUGUGUAUGUGUAUGUGUGUGUCUUUCAUAUGUAUACAGAAAUAGAGAGAGAGGGGAAAGAAAAGUUAAUCAGAUUUCAGACUUCAUACGUGCCAUUUUUGGAUACAUUCUUCUCGAAUGAAAUGUCACAUCCUGAUAACAAAGCUUGACACGUAACAGAUACUGAUGUGUUUAUUUUCUUAAUAAAGAGACUACAUUCUA